AGCUAUCGGAUGGUUACACAGUUCAUUAAUAGUAUUUACCAGAACGUGAGGGAGACAGAGAGGAAGAGAGAUAAGCAUCUCUACCGACCUGCCUGUGCAUUCUCACAGUCCCACUUGGGCACAUGCUAUGGAGAAAAUCACUUUCCAGCUCGGAGCUGAUGUAGACCCAGGACUGGUUUUAACGGGAGGCUAUUACUGAGGGGAGACCCGUUUUAUCAGAUGUGGCUGCAGCUGUGUUUCCAGAGGGAUUGUGACCUGGUCUGUAAAACGCACACAUCUGGAUAGCCAGCAAACUCAGCCAAAGGGUCCAACCCGGCUAGACAUCAGGGAGAGACUGUUUGAAGCCCUGUGUGUUCCAAACAGUCCUUGGUGUUGGGCGGUGCUGAGGAUAUUCAGUGCUGGGGCAGGAAGCGGGAGAAGGAUGCGGUUGCAACUCACCGCAACCUUCCCGAGAGAGAGAGACUUCUCCUGGCGGUGAAUGGACCCUGCCCCUUCUAGAGUUGUGCGCUGCUCAGGAACAGGAGCUCGCUUUUGUGUCUGGGGUCUCUCUUGCAGGAGCCAGUGCCACCCACUGGAGCGAGUGGCUGCGAGCGGCCCCGUGUCGCUGUCCGUGGUGCUGAACCCGUUCAAUGUUACCCGGCGAAUGCCUGGAAUGCAACCUUUGGCUCUGCUGAGGAUGGGAUUGUUUACAGAAAAUUGGUGAACAGGAGAGCCAAUUCCCUCUUAGUUCUGAACGAUUUUUAUUUCUGUCAUUUUGAUUUCGUCUGUACCGUGAACGAAGACUGUGAGCCUGGUGUGUCCAUCAGCACCAGUUGAAGCGAAAAGGAGGGAGAGGGUGAGAGAGAGAGAGGAGAAAGCAGUGAAGAAGGAGAGGUGUAAAGAUUAGUAUAAACUGGUGCAGAGCAGCCGCCUACUUUCGCUGACAGCUCCGCUGACUGAAACCAAUUAAUGUUUCUUUGUAAAGGACUGCUGUUGUGACUGAUCAUGGAGAGGCUCCUCUUCUCUCUGCUCCUGCUCAGUUUGACUGUGAAGGCUCAGCUUUGUCCAAAGCGCUGCAUCUGCCAAAACCUCUCCCCUUCCCUCUCGAUCCUCUGUGCCAAAACCGGGCUCCUCUUUGUGCCUCCGUUUAUCGACAGGAGGACGGUGGAGCUGCGCCUAACCGACAACUUCAUCACCACGGUGAAGAGGAAGGACUUUGCCAACAUGACGAGCCUUGUCCACCUCACGUUGUCGAGGAAUACAAUCAGCCAGAUCAUGCCUCUCACUUUCGGUGACCUCCGAGGUCUUCGAGCUCUACACCUGGACAGUAACAGGCUGACCAGAGUCAACCAAGAGCACUUCAAUGGCCUCGUCAAUCUCCGACACCUGAUCCUUAGCAACAAUCAGCUGCAUUACAUUGCAGCCAACUCAUUUGAUGACUUUAUCUUAUCUCUUGAAGAUCUGGAUCUCUCCUACAACAACCUGGAGAAUCUGCCUUGGGAAACUAUUGGAAAAAUGACAAAUGUCAACUCCCUCAGCCUGGACCACAACCUGAUUGACUUUGUUCCUGAAGGGACAUUUUCCAAUCUUCACAAAUUGGCUCGAUUGGAUAUGACAUCUAACAAACUUCACAAGUUACCUCCUGAUCCCCUCUUUCUAAGAGUCCAAAUGUUUGCAAAGACAAAAGGCUCCCCACUCUCUUCUCUGGUACUUAGCUUUGGUGGGAAUCCAUUGCACUGUAACUGUGAGCUACUCUGGUUGAGACGCCUCACAAGGGAGGAUGAUCUGGAAACUUGUGCCUCACCACCUCACUUAAUGGGUAAAUAUUUCUGGUUCAUCCCUGAGGAGGAAUUUACUUGUGAUUCUCCACUCAUCACAAGACAUACUUCUAAAACGUUUGUCAUGGAAGGCCAGCAUGCAACGUUGAAGUGUAAAGCAGUGGGAGACCCGGACCCAUUCAUUCACUGGACCUCACCAGAUGGACGACUAAUCUCGAACUCAUCCAGGGCCAUCACCCAUGAGAAUGGAACCCUGCAUAUCCUAAUUGCCACUCCAAAAGACAGUGGCACAUUCACCUGCAUUGCCUCCAAUGCUGGUGGCGAGGCCAUGGCCCAAGUGGAGCUGAUUGUUAAUCCUCUACCCCAUUUUGCCAACAGCACAAAUAACAUCAAGGAACCAGAUCCCGGUUCAUCUGACAUUACCACUUCUGCCAAAUCGGGUUCCCCACCAGUAGCUAACGAAACAAAAACCACGCAGGAGAAGAAGGUCAUUGCAACUGACCUCACAUCGUCCUCCGUACAGAUUCGUUGGCCCUCACAGCGAAAUAUUCCAGGAAUCCGAAUGUACCAAGUCCAGUAUAAUAGCUCGUUUGAUGAUGUACUUGUCUACAGAAUGAUUCCAUCGUCUAGCAAAACGUUCAUUGUGAAAGACUUAGUUGCUGGGCGAGACUAUGACCUGUGCGUUCUAGCUGUCUAUGAUGAUGGGAUUACCACUUUGACUGCAACACGAGCUGUGGGCUGUGUACAGUUCACCACAGAGAAAGAGUACACGCAGUGUCAAUCCAUGCAUACCCAGUUCCUUGGUGGGACUAUGAUCAUCAUCAUUGGUGGCAUCAUUGUGGCCUCUGUAUUGGUCUUCAUCAUCAUCCUUAUGAUCAGGUAUAAAGUCUACAAUAACACUGGGGAACACAAGACUAAGGUCAGUAACGUCUACUCACAGACCAAUGGAAGUCAGAAUGGGGCCAUGCCACCAUCAACCUCAAAACUAAUGGAAAGUCGAGAGGAACAUGUCCAGGAGACGUUGCCAGAUGCUUCCAAAGGAACAUUGGCAGUGGCUUUAACUACAGAUUAUGAUAAAGUCUCUGUCACUCAGAGCCCAUCUUUUCCCACAGAGGAUAUAACUCCUCACAAGCGAAGGAGAACUCGGACUGAGCUGCUGAAAGAAGCGGCAUUCCCUCCAAAGGAGAUUCAAGGGGAGGACACAGAAUGCCAAGUCUUGCAGACUGCAGAAGAUAUAAAGGAGCCAGUAGAGCGGACUGAUGUUAAACUUUGAUGCCAUCCAUUUGUGCACCAGAGACCAGCACCAUCAGAAUGUUACGGAGAAACUUUCAAGUCAUGUUGUACAACUGGAUUGGACAAACUGACUUCUAAUCAAGAUUAAUGAACAGCCACUUUCCCCACCCUACCCUGGUUUCCCUGUUAUCCCCUCCCUUUGCAAUUAUUCAACUCACUCCAUCCCAUCUCAAUUUGAUGUGCACUUCUUAAGGAAACUGGACCCUUUAUAUACAAGUACCAUGGGCAGAAACCAUACUUAAUUGGAUUAGUGCUUUAAACCCAUUGCAACGUAUGCCUGUAUCAGCACCAAUAACGUCUAAAGGAAAUCCUUAACUAUAUUUCUUAUUAUGGAAAUCAUCUUUUACAUUAAGACAUUGAUGGAUUGGGCAGAAAUGGUGUUUGAGGACAUAUAUAUCACUAAGUUGAUAACGGACAAUGACUUUUUUCUCCCAAAAGACUCCAUUGCCAAUCCUUUGGUCUGUUCUGUUUCUGCCUUGUCCUCAGCACACUGCCACAGUAUGGGACUUUGAUGCAAUAUUACUCAUUUGGUGUCGAUGGAACAGAAAACAUACCACCCUCCAGAUUUCUUGUUUCCCUUUAUUCUUUUUCUCUUUUUUUUAAAGAAUGGAAGACUUUUUGUAUUCAAAAUAAGGGUGUUUUAAAUCUUAUAGUUUUGUACAAUGUAAUUUUUUAA